AUGCCACUGAGGGAAAUUCCCCCGAAUAAGCUGGCCUUAAACAGGGCCACACGGGGCAUCACCAAUGCAGAUCUAAGAAGGACCAAUUCGGUGAUAGUUCCGGCCGAAAGAUCGGACUCUGAUUCGACGAGCGAAGCAGAUGAUCAACAUUAUAUGGUCCAGACACCUACCGAUACCAUAACUGAAAACAUGUCUGACUGGUUUGAACGGCAAGAGUACCUUCAGCCAGAGACUAUGGAUGCAAUCGCAACGAUUCUUCACCGCAGAAUGGGCGAGCACGUAACUGAAACUCUUUUUUUAGAGAGAAUACAACUUUUGGAGAAUUGGGUGGAAUUUGUGUUUCUAGACAAUUCUGCCAGAAUGGCUUCACCACCCUCUGAACGUGAAGACACUCGAGAGAGUGAGGACGUACUAGUGAAUGAUGAGAAUUCUGAAUAA